AUGUACACGACCGGCCCUGGGGUGGUAUUUGAUGGAUGGGUCAAUCUCGACAAUGGAACCCAAGGUUCAACUCACGAAACACAGAAUUUCAGCAUUCUGAUCAAGCGAGAGGGCGCAACGAAUCUCGGGCAUUUGCCGACGGAGAUCUUUUCCAUUAUGUUGACCAUUGAUGUGCUCCAAAUGGGCCAACCAUCCAAAGAACUCCCGGCAUACUACAUCCCCUCGCGAGACGCAGCCAACACUCAGUUGGUCAUUCUCAAACCAUCCGGAUGGGCCACACUUUGCGAUGUGGUCCCUUUUCGCAAAGAAACAAGUCGUCCGGCUGCAGGAUAUCUCACAAAAUACCACAUUUGA